AUGUGGAGCGCGUUUCUGAACGGCUCGGGUCUGCACGGAGGCAGCGGAGCCGGGGCCGGGGCCGGGGGCGGAGGAGGCGGCUACGUGCCCUCGCAGGGAUGGGAGUUCGUGCCGCUGUCCCGGGUGGAGAGACCGGGCAGGGGCCGGGGCAGGAACCGCAGCCCGCUCCGGAGGGUCUCCUCCCCGCCCGCCGUCUUCAGCCAGCUCCAGGAGCCCUGGUUCGGGGGGGACGGGGGACCGGGGACCCAGCUGGGGAACCAGCUGGACACCGUCAGGGGAAUAAGACUACCGGGACCCGAGAGGCUGCAGGGUCCCGAGACUCUCCCUCCCCAGCAGCAGCAGCAGCAGCAGACGCAGCACACAAGGCUGAAAAAGAAGUUUGAGGAUUUGAAAAAGCGACAUGUUCAAGACAAGGCAGAGUGGAUGCUGUCCGUGCAGGGAGGGGAGAACAGGAGGAUCCUGCUGGACCUGAAGACCGAUUUGGAGGAGGUGCAGGCGGAGGUGAAGAGAGAGGAGGAGAAGAGGAACGAGCUCCAGCUGCACUAUACGAGAGAUAAAUGUGCCUGGGAGGUGGAGAAAGCUGAGCUUAAAUGCAGGAUUGCACAGUUGGAGGGGAGGAAAGCUACAGGCUUGCUGAGCGUGGGGAUCCAGUCGGCACCAGGCGUCGGAUCGGUGGCAUUGCGGAGUCCCAGAGAGCUGCAUGGUGAGACCUCAACGCUCCGCAGGGAGAGGGAGGAACAACGGAGGAUCCUGGCAGAAACGCAUUCAACAGCCAUGGACCUGCGCUGCCGGCUGGAGCACAGCGAGAGGGACUGGUUGAAGGAGAAAGCCGAGCUGCUGGAAAGGUUUGAUGUAGAGAGAAGAGAGUGGGAGAGCCAGCUGAAGGAUAUGCAGAGGAAAAUAGAAGAGCUGUACUGUGAGGUGAGAGCCAAGCGAGGGGGGACGGGGCUGGAUAGUAGGAAGCAGGAUGAUGAUGUUAACAGGCUCAGCAUGCGCUCCACCAGCACCGGCUCCAGUCUGCUCAGUGACAACUCCCACUCAGAGCUGCUCAGCAGCAGCAGCCCGCAGUCAGAGCCAAGCAGGAACCCAGCCUCACCUGGCUUCCAUCACGGUGCCUUCGGUAACGCACACAGUCACCACUUCACCUGCCCUCAUACAGAGGAUCUCUGUGGAUUUAAGGUUGGGGGUCUCUUCAGUCAGAAUGACCAGUUAAAGGAGGAGCUGGAGGAUGAACUGAGAUCCAGAGGCUCUUGGGAGCGAGACCUGGUCACCGAUAACAAGGAGGCCGUUGAUGUAACGGAGCUGGAUGCUGUUUGUUCUGGAGCUCCUGGAUUUGGAGUACCACAGGAAUGUGGUUCUAAAGGGAGUGAAAAAUAUAUCAAUUUUAGUCCUCAAGGAAAAUAUCCCAGGGGAGGAAUGAGUUACGGCAGCGACAAGAAGAAGAACACCACUGCUCUCAAUGCUGCUUUGAAGGAAAUCGCUCGUGUCAGCGAGGAGCUUUGUAGUUACCAGGAUGAGAUCAAAAAGAAGAGUGGAGAUAAGAGAAAUCAGUCUGAAUCCCUGUGUCCAUCUAAGGGAAGUGAGAAACUCCUGCAAGUAGAUGAAUCUCUUUAUGAUCUCAGCCAGAUCUACGAGGAACUCCGUGCCCUAGAGAGGGAAAAUUGGAUCACCUUGUCACCAGAUAAUACCUGGCAGUCCAAUAAAGGGUUGAAGGAAUCUUUGACAACAAACAUUGCUGAUCUAGAUAGCAACAGAGCCACAGGGCCGAGCGCUGGAGUAGACUCUGAAAUCGAUACUAUAGCCCCACCCAUCCCUCCUCGCAGCUCUUCCUGGAACUUGAGCAGCACUCUUCCAGAUACAGAACUCCACAUCCCAGAAUCUCCCGUGGCUACACUGCAGAAGUGCCACAGUCCGUGCAUACUGGUAGACCGGAAAUGCAGCAGCCCGUCUAUUGUGCGAAAGUUUGAGGCGAUGCUGCAGGAAAAUGAAGGAAAGGUUUUCAAAGAUGGCACGGUGACAGAAUGCCCCGUUCCCGCUAACACCAAUUGCAAUGUGGGUUGCUGCCACAACCGCUGGUCCUGUGAUGCAAGCAAGUUCACUCACAGUAAGCUGUCUGCAUAUGGGACAGUUCAGAAAAGCUUCUCUGAAGUCAACAUACUGAGUGCUGGGAAGGACUUGUUUUCAGAUUACAGCCCUGGCCUUGGGAAGCUACAAAUGCCUCCAGCUGUCAAAGAAUUACCAGUAGAUCUGCUGCUGUCCUCUCUGGAAAUACCACCUGUCACCCCGAAGCUCUCGGACUCCAAAAGAAACAUAGUGCUGGAAAAAAAAACAGCCGAGUUCAACAGAACGCUGUUUCAGGCGGAGAUGGGCCGCGGAGCGGACGUGCAAGACAGUGUCACCGUAAUAGAUACCGGCUCUGUAACUUCCCUGCCAGUCCUUACGUCAUCAGAGGAUAUUUUACCUGCAAAGGAGACCACUUUUCAGCCCAUUUGUACUUAUGCCACUACAGGCGUCAUAGAUGAAAAGCCUGAGGUGACAUCAUGUCCUCCCACUUCUGGUGAAGGGGUCAGACCAGAGCUGCAAACCUGUCCCGCACUCGCACCUGAGCAGCCGCCGGCCGGACUCAGAGAGGCCUCAGUCAUCCCUCAGAGUCCUUCACCACGUGGUGAAGUCAAGCACAAAGUUUGGACUCCAAGCGGUCCCUCCAUCAAAUCUCAGCACAGAGCAGCCACAGAUGCUCCUUUUUCAGAGCCUGCCUUUCCUGCAAACACCAGGCCAGCUCAGCCUGUGGAUGACUCCAGCUCUAAGACAGAGAGUCACCACGGAGCAAAGCCUCAGCCAGCCAGAGCCGGUGUCUCGCACCAGCAAUCGUCUGCUGAUAACAAACACACACACAUGACGCAGCCAAAACACGGGUCUGGUCCUCCGUACCAGCCUGAAUCCUCCAGACCUCCACCCAGGAUGAUGAACGAGCACCCCUGGAAACCCCUCACUCUGGCCGCGUACCCACGGCCCGAGGGAUCCAGGUCCAACUACGGAGCAUUGGAAAGGAUUCUGAAAAACUAUGAGAGUGCAGCUCGGGCACAACAGAACGACAGCCAGCAGAGCGAGACGGGCUCGUGCUCUAAUGUGGGCUGUAGAGAGAAGGAGAAGAUGACAGAACUGGACAUGCUGGACGUGGACCCUCUGCCUUUACCUCCCACUCUCAGAUACGUGCAGAUGUCUCAGCCCUCACAAGUCAGCAGCCUCUGUGCCAAAGCAGUGACGGAGGUCCAGCUCAUAGUGCUGGAAGACGACGAGCGCCCUGUCCCGUCUCCCUCCACACGGAGAGCCUUCCAGAGGCCCGCCUGUCCGGCCAACCGUCGCCUGCCCUCCCGAUGGGCCAGCCGCUCCUCCACGUCGUCCUCCUCCACCACCUCCUCUCCCUCCUCCACCCCCAUCGUGCCUCCAUCCUUCCCCCUCCACAAACACUCGUCUUCCUUCACUUACUCUCAUGGCUUUCACAUAGAGACCGUCAUCAUUUGACCUCAUCGUCAUCGUGUGUUUGAACCAACAAGAAGCCUUCAGCGAUACUGUUUGAACUCUACUUUUUCUCUCCUUUUUUCCCCCUUUUUGUAUAUACCGAAUCCAGACUGAGAAGUGCUUUAGUUAUGAGUUAAUCGACUCACUCGUAGAAUGUAUGUGGAGUCCAGCAGAGCCUAACAGACCAAAGCAGGUCUGGAGCCGCUUCAAUUAUUCAGCAGAAUGCCCCAGUUAUCCUGCCAGGCGUCGUGCGGUGAAAACACAGCUUUCCAAGGAAUGACAACGGUCAACAUGUAACUCAUUCAUGCCGACCAUCCGCACGGAUAUCCUUACGCUCAGGUCUGGAUUCUAGCUUUGACUAGUGUAGCCUUGCAGAUCUACCAACAACACGCCCUUCACUUCUUCCUUUCUUUCUCUGAUCUCUCUCUGUAUUUACACCUUAACCGUAGUGCUACUUCAUAUCCGAAUGAUCUAAAAACUGUCAGCCAAAUGAAAUCCGGAGUGAUGAUUUCACCUUGUUCUUUAUUUUGUAUUUAUCUGCUCAACGUGUUUUUGUAAGAUGUUACAUGGACAAUAUGCAGCAUCUUGUUGGAACUCAGAGAUAAAGACGGUGGAGCCGCUAGAAUUACUCUCUCAAUGUGCUGAAUGAAGCUGUGUCGGGUGUUUUGCCUUGCCUUUGACUGUACCUUGCCUGUGACUAAAAACGUCUGCUUCACACACAUAUUUGAAAAAAACAAAACAAAAAAAAAUGUUUACUUUAACAGGUGCAUUCAAAUGUGUUUCUUUUUUACAAUGUUGUACCAAAGCCUGGUUUCUUAUCCAUUUUCCUGAUUUGACAAUUAAACGCAUUAUUUGUAAUGAUA